AUGCAAGCAGCGCCGGAAUACCUUGCCAAUGUCCGAAGAGAGCUCCAGAGCAUCGAGAACAUCAUCCAGAGCGUUCAGGUCUCACUUCGUUUCGAAGUCGACCAGGACAACUGGGUCUCCCAAAAGGAACGAAUUGUGUCUGCACUCCAAGAUUGUAGCAAGCUGUGCGAAGGCUUUUACAACGAAUUUCCGGAUCUUCUCAAGCUAGACAAGCUUGGUAUUCGCGACAGGGCCAGAUUUGCCUGGGCUAAGGACAGAGUCAAAGCUCUUGAGGCUGAUCUCAACCGCUGCAAGGCUACCAUCACCCUGGCCCUCAGCGGUGCGAACUAUUUUGCGGCUUGUGAGCAUUACAAGCAACUCCAAGCAAUGGCCGCCCACCAGCGUGACCACCAUGGUCCCUCUGCCUCUGAGCAAAAUGCACGCGUCGCGCAACUGGAAGCCGAGCUGGAGAGCGCUGUUACUUGGAUUAAGAACUACGAGGACGAGAUCGCGCGUCUGCAGGCACAAAUUCGGCAGAGACGAAUCAACCUCCAGAUCGGUGAUGUGGUAACCCAGAGCUCACAGAGCUUGAUCGGAAUCCACAAUCCUGAUGGAACUGAGGGCGAGUUGAAGGUCAAGAUUGGCAACGUGAAUACUGAAGGGUCUAAUAGCGCGAUUGGAUACAGCAAGGACGUGAAUCUCAGCGGAGUGUUCGAGUAG